GCCGGGCAUCACGCUGAGAGGCAUGGGUUCUGUGUUUGUCUUUGGCCCCUCCUUUGACCUCUUGGCCAAAGGCCCCUGACUGUGCUCCCUUCAUGGUCUCCGGGUUCCUUUCACCUCCUUAUCUAUUAGGUUUUCCUGAAGCACUAGGUACAUUACCAGUAUCAAGUCUUGCUCAUAGCAGCCCUGUUUGGAAGCCCUGGUGGCAUAGUAGUUAAGAGCUAUAUGGCUGCUAACCAAAAGGUCGGCAGUUCAAAUCCACCAGGCCCUCCUUGGAAUCCUAUGGGGUAGUUCUACUCUGUCCUGUAGGGUCGCUGAGUCAAAAUCGACUUGACGGCAAUGGUUUUGUUUGUUUUUUUAAACAGGGCCCUGCUACAAAUCCUGCGGUUUGAAUGUGAUCUAACCGCUUCUGGGGCAAUUAAAUUUUUCUUGCCUUCUAUCCACUACUUAAGGAAUUUGAGAAAAAGUGGAGGAGCCAUAUGGGAGAAGGCUACCUCUCCAAUACCUUUGAAAGGGUCAAAAACUGAAGACAGGCAAGCCACCUCACACUAAAAGUUGCUGACCCCUGGGCUCUGUAUCUGGUCACUUAGUUUUUGCUUCAAGCUUGUUUCUUCCCAAUUGUUAUUUCCUCCCCUUGGUUCUCAGAGCACUUUUUUUCUGUUUUGUUUUGUUUUUUCCCCCCUUUUUAUAGCAUUUAUCUAGUGGUAGAAAAACACUUUAGGGUCUGUCCCCACAAGAUUGCAAGUUUCUCAAAGGCAGGGAUUCAUUAGAGCAGGACUCUGGGAAGAGGGUGAGGAGGAAGAGUGUAAAGAGCUUAGUACAGAGUCUGGCUCUCUGAAACUCCUGAGCAUAUGUUCAAUGAACAGGGGGGAAAAAAAAAGAAUGAUUUCUUCUUGUGUUACAGGAUACCCCUGAAAGACUACAGCUGGCAUGGGCCUUCCGCAAAGCUAGUCUAUUCUAGGAUGUCUAUAUCACUAACAGCAGCUAAAAUUCUGGCCCUUCAGGACCCACGGGAACAAGAGAAGAUUAUGAUGGUGGAGCUAAAGGAAGGGGAACAGGCUUGGGAGUAUGAGACCAGACUACAGAGGAACCCCUCUGCCAGUCAAGAGAUCUUUUGCCAGCACUGUAGGCAACUCUGCUACCAAGAGACGCCUGGUCUGUGGGCCCUGAGUCAAUUGUGGGUGCUCUCCUGUAAGUGGCUGAGGCCAGAGAGGCACACCAUGGGGCAGAUCCUGGAGUUGCUGCUACUGGAACAAUUCCUUACUAUCCUACAUGAGAAGCUCCAGACCUGGAUGCAGGGACAUCGCCCUAAGAGUGGAGAAGAGGCUGUGACUAUGCUGGAGGAUAUAGAGACAGAACUUGAUGAACCAGGACCACAGGUGGGAAGGGGGAUGGUCCCAGACCCUGACCAUGGACCUGCACAAAAAGGGCUGUGGGAGGAAAAGGCACCUUCACGAGUAGGCCAGGACGCACUGAACACCUGGCUCCAGCCCAAGGAGAACCAGACUUUCCCAGAAAGUGAGAUAUAUUUGUAUUUUCCAUCAGUUGUUGCAGAUGACGAUCCAGAGCCCAAGGACAAAGGAUCAUUGCUGCAAUCACCCUUUGCUGAAGUGGAAACACAGGUUCCAGAAAAACUUGCUGUCAGCACCUCUGCAUUCAAAGCUGCCUCUGAAAUUGAGGGUACCUUAGAGCAGCAACAAGGAAACUCCAAAGGGAAGAGACUGAGGAAGUCCCUUGCCCAGGGGAAAAGUUUCAGGCAGGUGAAUGCCACCGGUAAGAAAACUCGCAUAGGGAAGAAAGAACAUGAACGUAGUGAAUGUGGUAAAGCCUUCCUUUAUAACUCAGAUCUUACUAUACACCAGAGAAUUCAUACUGGAGAGAAACCCUAUGAAUGUCAUGAAUAUGGAAAGUCCUUCAGGUGGAAUGCUUAUCUUGUUCAACAUCACAGAAUUCAUUCAGGAGAUACCUACGAAUGUAAUAAAUGUGGGAAUGCCUUCAGUUACGGCCCAUACCUAAGUCAGCAUCUGAGAAUUCACAAUGAAGAGAAAACUUUUACAUGUAAAGAAUGUGGGAAAGCCUACAGAUGGAGUUCAGAGCUUAUUAGACAUCAGAGAGUUCACACCAGAGAAGAGCCUUCCCAGUGUAAUAAAGGUGAGAAAGUCUCCAGUCAGACUUGAGCUUUUGUCUGUCUGUUUUAAGACUAGAUCCCAUAGAAGUUAUAACACCCUAAGUUUUUCCUGUACUUUUCUUGCUUUAGAAAAAGCUGCUUACCUGGUCUCACUUGUCAGUCAUCACUUACUUCAUGUCCUUUUAUUAAGGUGGUUGUAUCAGUAACUUUAUGGAGUCCCUGAGUGGCACAAAUGAUUAAGCACUUGGCUACUAACCAAAAAUCUGGCAGUUCUGAUCCACCCAGAGGUGUCUUGGAAGAAAGGCCUUACAACCUACUUCCAAAAGGUCACAGUCAUUGAAAAUCCUAUGCACAGUUCUACUCUGAAACACAUGGGGUCACCAUAAAUGGGAAUCAACUCGACAACAACUGGUUUAUCAAUAACUGGCUAUAAAUAACAGCCAAAUCCUGAUUCUUUCUAGUAUGACCUUGGGCAAGAUAUGAGCUGUGGAGUUUCCCCACUGAUAAGAUAGGGAUAGGAAUGUCUACCUCAUUAGAGUUCCAGACCUGGCACAGAGCGGCUGCUCAAGCAGAGGUAGCUAUUAUUAUUUAUUAUGGGUGGCUCUUUGGUCCUGACCCUUUUCACACCUAUACAUAUCUGCCUUUAGAUGGUUACAUCUGCAUGUGUGCAGGCAGGAGACAGAAAUCACACUAGUAAUUUGAACAAGGAAAAUUUAAUAGAAAGAAGCAUUAACUAGUAAAAGGGGAUUAUAUGUUAAAGGAGUUGAAGAGAUCACUAAAGAAUAUAGGAAUAACAGAAGGUGGGGAGUUGUCACUACCUCUAGGGCUGAGGGAGAAUAACCAAGGAAGAAGCAAAUGGGGAAGAAAACUUCCCCCCUUACCUCCACCAAGGCUGAAAUUAAGAUGUUAUUGGAGACGGUAUGACUGUUCCAGUGACAUGGUGAAGCCAGCUUGUACUGGCUUACAAGAGCAAAUUUUGUACAUCAGCCAUGGUGGGAGUAUUGACACCACAGAAAUAAGUAAGCGCUACAAAUCGUGCUUGUUAAACAUCUACCAAAACCGCUGUGGCGUGCUGGAUGAUGAUGUUCACUGAGUGCUGCAGGCCAGGGCCGAUGAGCAGGAAACCCCCGGCUGGGGUGCCAGUGAAACUGACUGGAGGGUGUGUGCCACUAGGUCUGCACACCACUGGCAGCUGUGCUAUAGGAACAAGAAGGAAAAACUAACAAACCAGGAAGAGAAGCCUCUUCCUCUUUGCUUUGUCCCUCCCACACCCUUUACUGCCAACUGGCAAAGGGGAAAGUAUUUACAGGGUCCAGCUCUGGUAUCACAAAGUAGUACAAAGAAGAGUGGAUUUAGAGCCAAGAGGAAAGAAAUUAGUAACUGGCCUACACUUCAAGCUUAUUUACACCUCAAGAUAUUUGUUCUUGCUCCUUACCUUCCCACUCCAUACUUUCUCCGUAAGUAGUUACAGAAGUCACCCCCUUACUUCAACUGAGGUCUAUAUUCAAAUGUCACCUCAGAGAAGGCUUUCCAUGCUCUAUGAUACAAGUUUAUCUCUUUUUCACAUAAAUGUCCACAUAAACCACAACCUGCAGACCAAAUCCAAAUCCUGCUCAUGACCUGUUUCUGUGCAGCCCAUAAGAAUGGUUUUUACAUUUUUAAAG